AUGGAAAACAGUCUACCAGUGAUAUCAAAGAGAAUAUGGAGUAUGGUCCGUGUGGCCUUCUUCAUGUUGAGAAAAAAAUUAUCAAAAGGCCAAGUAAUGAAUAAUCUAAACAUGAUGCUCAGACGCCGCGGCAAGCUUGCCGGAAAAGCCAUUGCCAAUCUAAUGUUCCAUCAUAACCAAGACUCUAGCUCAAGCCGCCACUUCCACAACUCAUUCACUUCCUCAAGGGAGUACAAACUCAGCUGCAGCUCCUUCACUCCCACUCAGGCACUGCCUACACCGGAUGAUGAGGCAAUGACUAUGAGAACAAUGAAGACAGUGCUGAAUAUGCUUAACAAUGAUCAAGCGAUUGUAGAAGCGUCUCCGGUAUUGUCUGGAUUCGAGCACAGUCCAAGAGUGAGGCAAUUGAGGGUAACUGACUCACCAUUCCCUUUAAUAGAUGAUGAGAAGGACAACCAGAUUGAUAAGGCAGCAGAAGAUUUCAUUAAAAAGUUUUAUAGACAGUUGAGGCAACAAGAUUGA